AUGGCUGGGGCGCUGCAUAGUUCUCGUUGUCCGGCUCUGUUAUUGUUGGCUGUGCUGUUGCUGACUUUGUCUCCAGGCAAUGCAUUCUACUUGCCUGGCAGCUACAUGCACACAUACUCCCAAGGUGAGGAUAUAUGGGCAAAGGUUAAUUCACUCACGUCCAUUGAGACUGAGAUGCCGUUCAGCUACUACAGUCUGCCAUACUGCCGUCCACCUGGCGGCAUCAAGAAGAGCGCCGAGAACCUGGGUGAGCUUCUCAUGGGUGACCAGAUCGACAACUCACCCUACCGGUUCCGUGUGAAUGUCAACGAGUCCCUCUUCCUCUGCACCACGAAAGGGCUUAAUGAGAAUGAUGCAAAGCUUCUCAAGCAGCGGGCCCGUGAUCUUUAUCAGGUGAACAUGAUGCUGGACAAUCUGCCUGUCAUGCGUUUUGCUGAGCAGAAUGGUAUCACAGUACAGUGGACUGGUUUUCCUGUUGGUUACACUCCCGCUGGUAGUGCUGAUGAUUAUAUCAUCAACCAUUUAAAGUUUAAGGUCUUGGUCCAUGAGUACGAAGGAACAAAUGUAGAAAUAAUCGGUACUGGAGAAGAAGGAUCUGCUGUCAUAUCAGAGACGGACAAGAAGGGGAUGUCUGGGUAUCAGAUUGUUGGUUUUGAGGUCGUGCCUUGCAGUGUGAAGCGUGACCCCGAGGAUUUCUCUAAGCUUAACAUGCAUGACACCAUUGAACCUGUGAGCUGCCCGGUGGAGCUUCGAAUGUCCCAAGUGAUCAGGCAACAGGAGAGGAUCACGUUUACCUAUGAUGUUGAGUUUGUGAAGAGUGACAUCAGGUGGCCAUCUAGGUGGGAUGCUUAUCUGAAGAUGGAGGCUGGUGCCAAGGUCCACUGGUUCUCUAUAAUGAACUCCCUCAUGGUCAUCUUGUUCUUGGCAGGAAUCGUCUUUAUUAUAUUCCUGAGAACUGUCAGGAGGGAUCUCACCACAUAUGAAGAGCUCGACAAGGAAGCGCAAGCACAGAUGAAUGAGGAGCUAUCUGGGUGGAAGCUUGUUGUUGGAGAUGUGUUCAGAGAGCCAACUUGCCCCAAGCUAUUAUGCAUCAUGAUUGGUGAUGGAGUUCAAAUUCUGGGCAUGUCAAUUGUAACAAUUGUUUUUUCCACACUUGGGUUCAUGUCUCCAGCUUCAAGAGGAAUGCUUCUUACUGGAAUGAUUAUUCUCUAUCUUUUCCUUGGUAUUGUAGCUGGGUAUGUCAGUGUUCGGCUAUGGAGGACUAUUAAGGGAACGUCUGAAGGAUGGAGAUCACUGUCAUGGUUGACUGCCUGCUUUUUCCCUGGUGUCAUGUUUACGGUCCUUACCAUCUUAAACUUUGUGCUGUGGGGAAGCAAAAGCACUGGAGCUUUACCUAUAUCAUUAUUUUUCACCCUUCUGGCUCUGUGGUUCUGUAUCUCUGUGCCGUUAACGCUUGUUGGUGGCUUCCUUGGUACAAGAGCAGAGCAAAUUGAAUUCCCUGUUCGCACCAACCAGAUUCCUAGAGAGAUCCCUGCACGGAAAUAUCCAUCAUGGCUUCUGGUAUCUGUCGUCCUCACAUACAUGAAUCUCUGUGUUGAGGACUGGAGGUGGUGGUGGAAGGCCUUCUUUGCAUCGGGCUCUGUUGCUCUCUACGUGUUCCUCUACUCCAUCAACUACUUGGUCUUUGAUCUCAGAAGCCUGAGCGGUCCUGUCUCUGCAAUGCUCUACAUCGGCUACUCAUUCCUCAUGGCGUUCGCGAUCAUGCUCGCCACUGGAACCAUUGGCUUCUUGACGUCAAUAUCCUUUGUGCACUACCUCUUCGCGUCCGUGAAGAUCGAUUGA